ACAGACGCGUCAAACUGGUCUGACCCCGCCCACCGAUAACUGUAGGCCCCGCCCACGCUGUGAGCCGUACACACAGCCCAUGUGUAUUGCCAUGGAAACCCUUCGCGUGCCCUGUGUGUCAGCGCGAGGGAAACAGACGCUAAAGUUAGCUCCAGCUCCAGAUUUCGGGUAAUUCGCAGCUCACGCGCGGUUUCCGGUCUGCAGUGAUCUCUCCCCGCGGUGUAGUGGAGCUCUCCUCCUCCUCUCCGGUAGUUUAACUUCCUCACAGCAGCUCUGACUGCAGCGCAGUCAGGUAAACUCACCUGUUAGCCUGUUAGCCAUUUAUAAAACAGAGAGAUCUGUUCAUCCAUAUACACUGAAAAGGGAAAUAAUGAGUAUGGAGGGCGUGUCCUCUCUACUGAUGACAUCAUCACCAGGCGGAUCACACACACUUCCUGUGGAACACCUGGACUACACCUACAUCCAACAGUGUGGAGAUUUGAAAUACCUGGAAAAGAUCCUACAUGUGCUCAGGUCAGGCACAGAGGGGGUGUAUCCACACCUGACAGAUUUCUGUGAGAAGCGUAUCGAGACGUUGGACCCGAGACAUCGUGCUCUGAGGAAGGAGGCGUUUCCAGCAACCGCCGCCUCCUUCACUACAGACGAGUGGAAACACAUCACUGAUGACUUACAGGCCUGGCAGAGAGAGAUCACAGAGAAUGAGCAGCAGCUCAUGCAGUCACCCACCUUCAACACUGACACACUCCCACCUGUACACAACCGUACACUACAGAGACCAACAAACACCAAAGCCACUACAAACCACAAUAAAAGAUGUGCUGUUCCCCGUCCAUACAGCAACUGGGACAGGUUUGAUGUUGAUGAAGAGUGCGCUAAGGUAGAUGAGGGUGUAAAUAACAGUGACACCCCUGCUGUGAUAAACUCCGCCCACACACGCAUCACACAACACAUGGACAGCUCAGCUCUGACACGGCAGGAGAAAUGUGUGUUAGCCACUCGAGAGAGGGAAAAAGGAAACGAGGCCUUCAAGGCCAGGGAUUGGGACGAGGCCAUAGUCUACUACACCAGGAGUCUGUGUAUCUUGCCCACAGUAGCUGGGUUUAAUAACCGAGCUCAGGCUGAGAUUAAACUACAGCGCUGGACUGAUGCACUGAGAGACUGUGAUGCUGUGCUACACAUCGAAACACACAACUGUAAAGCUCUGCUGCGUCGUGCAACUGUACAUACACACCUGGGGAAGCUACAGGCAGCGUAUGAUGACAUCACAACUGUUCUUCAGUCUGAACCUCACAACAUCACAGCAAAGAAACUCCUACAGGAAGUGAAUAAGAAAAUAAACACAGAGCUGCAGCACAAGCCAUGCCCACCAAACCAGCCAAUCAGAGGCAAGAAGCUUCUGAUCCAGGAAGUGGAUGAUGAAAAGGAGGAAGAGACAGAUGCUGAAACUGCAGGAGUGGACAAACAGACUCCGAGGGACAGGAAAGGACAGACAGAUGGAGAGAUGGAGAGACAGACAGAUGGAGUGAGACAGGGUGUGGAUGCUGCAGCAGUGAGGAGUGAGGGAAAUGAGCUGUACAGGAACGGACAAUAUGGAGACGCAGCUGAGAAAUACACUCACGGCAUCACAACACUUACACAAUCAGGUGUGUACAGUAAGGAGGACAUGUUUUUUCUGUACUGUAACAGAGCUGCGUGCUACCUGAAGAUGGGACAGUGUUCUGAGUGUGUGUUAGACUGCUGCCGAGCUCUGCAGCUGAAGCCGUUCAGUGUGAAAGCUCUGUUGAGGCGAGCGAUGGCGUUUGAGACUCUGGAAAAGUUUCGACUCGCUUAUGUGGAUUACAGAACUGUACAACAAAUACACAACACAUACUUUGUACAACAACAUGUCAACAGGCUCACUCAGGUGCUGAUGGAGCAGGAUGGUUCUGAUUGGAGAACAAAUCUGCCAGAGGUUCCAUUUGUCCCAAUAUCAGCUCGACAUGAUGGUACAGAGACUCCGCCCACAUCACAAACCACAGCCAGCACACACACUGUGCCCACCAUGAAAACUCCACCCACUACAGAGACUCCACCUAUCAUGAAGACUCCACCCACAAAACAGUGUCCACCCACAAUGGAGAUACUGCUACACACAGAGGCUCCGCCCACUGGUGCUCCAUCAGAAACACGCAGGCGCAUCAACAUAGUAGAGGUGGAGAGUGAUAUUACUGAUGAUGAGGAUGAAGAUGGUGCUGCUGCUGAUGGUGAGGAAGAUGAUGGUGAUGAAGAUGAUGAGGAUGAAGUUGGUGCUGCUGCUGCUGCUGCUGAUGGAAAUUAUGUCAUGACCUCCAGUCCAGCUAAUGCCUUUGAGUUUGGCCAGGCACUGAAUGCGGCCCGUUGCCAUGGUGACCUGGCGGCGUGUGCCCAGCUCCUGAGAAGUGUGUCACCUCACACCCUCCCUCACCACAUCAGCACACUGCUGGACACAUACACACUCAGCUUCAUCACACACACACUGCACACACACAUCCUGCCCACUGACCCCGGCCUGGUGUACCGUCUCCUCACACACCUGCACACCACCGACAGGUUCACGGUGGUUCUGAUGCUGAUGGACUCGGAUGAGAGGAGACAGAUCACACGGCUGUUUGAAUGUUUGCGUAUGGUGCAGUGUGACGAGUUCACACACGAGAACAUUAACAGCCUGGCUAAGAAAUUCAUAUAACACACACACACAUACACACACACACACAUUAAUGCAUUAAAAUUUGUGGCUUUAAUAUGAAUGUUUUUUUUCUGGUGUGGCAUUUGAUGGGCGGAGUCAGUGCUAUUUCACCUGCUUAUUGUUACAAGUGUUCAUAAUGAAAAGGUAUAGAAGGAGAAAGUCCUGCCCUGUGGCCCCACCCUGUCCAGUAGUGUGGCUCCACCCCUCUAGUAAUUGGGAGAGAGAGAGCUGAUGUGAUUGGUGUUGAAUUUGCUUCAUUUCCACAGCACUGUGCCCCUCCCCUACUUCUCCACUGACUGAGGAAGCUGAAAUAAAGCACAUGUCUGUCUCAUUA